CGUCCCAGCAAGCACUCCAACUGUACUAACCUGAUCUUCCCGAGGUAGCCGUCGAUGCAGAUUAGGGUUAGACUACGGUAAGGAUCGCAGAUCAGGGAUUGCCUGCUGGACGGCUUUCGUGCGAAGCGAACAGUACCCGAGUCUAUUCCCAUCCCACUCCGCACAGUUCUUCUGCACCUUCUGCUCCCUGAGCCACUGAGCCCUUUCCCCCCAGAACACCUAAGUCAUGUCUAAGCCAGGUUUCCGCGCGUCCCCAGCGCCCAACCCUGUCGGCAGCGCGCGCGGGGACAAGCUGCGGAUGGCGUCGGAGCCCGCGCGUCGCGAUGCCAAGCCCAGCCAGCAGCACGCCCGACGAGCCGGGCUCAAUCUCUCCGCUACAAACGCUGUCGCGCCGAGCGGUAGCCGUAAUAGUGGCGCUGGUGCUGUUGCUGGUGCUGUUACGAGGGGUGUGUUCAAUUCCGGUGCUGUUAUGAGCGGGAGCGGCGGCGGCGGCGGCGGCAGGGGUGGCGGGGGUGGCGGCGGUGACGGCGGUGCUGGUGGUGGCGGCGUGUCGUCCGGUGGGGGGGGGCAUCGACGGCUCGCCUCCGCUGUGACCGCCGCCGCUGCAGCCGCUGCGGAGCGGGCGUUGCUGGCGGACGCGGUGGCCGCGGCGAACCCGGACGUACGCACGGCCUUCGCGAGCCUCGGCGACGCGUGCGACAGACUGCUCCCGUUCCACGUGUUCGCGGACUACGACCCCGCCCUGGUCGCCAUUGAAUCUACAACCCACCUCGCUACCCGCGCAUCUACGCCAGAUCCCGCCCGCUCCGCGUCUCGUCCCGCUCCCUGCAACCCCCGUUCUGAAGCAGCCGCGCCAAUCGCUCUCCCCGCAGCCGCUGGCGUGGGGGGAGCACGCGGAGGGGAAGAGGUUGACGCGCAGGCCAGUGGCGUGGGGAGCGGGUGGGGGGAAAGGGGAGGAAGCGGCGAUGGGGAGAAGGCGGUCAGGGGGGGUGAUAUGGGGCGCGCGCAGGGGAAGCUAGCGAAUGGGUGCGCGGAGGGGGAGGGGGAGUACGAGGCAAAGGCGCGGGUACUGCUGGAGAAGCAGCGGCAGCAGCAGGUGGCGGCGGCUGCGCGAGAGGCGGAGGCGGUGGAAGGGAGGAGCAUGGCGCUGGUGAGACGAGCGGACGAGGCGGUGGGCAGGUGGGGGAGGAUGCGGGACGGGUGGCGGGAUGGGAGUGCGCUAAGAGGCGCAGAGCAGCUGUUCCUGGCACGGUUGCUGAUGAACCAUGAGUCGGCGCUGCUGAGGAGUGAGGUGGAGGGCGUGGAGAGGGAGAAGCAGAGGGUGAGGGAGGAGAGGGAGAGAGAGAGGGAGAGGGAGAGAAUUAGAGUGCGAGAGAGGGAGAGGGAGAGGGAGAAGGAGACGCAAGUGGAGAGGUGGAAGGAGCAAGUGGAGGUGGAGGAGAGGAAGAGGAAGCUGGGGGAGGUGGAAGCUGAUGAGAGGAGGGGAGGAGGGGGAGGAGGAGCGUGUAGUACAGAACCAAAGAGACUAAGACAGAGUGAUGCUGCUGGAAGUGCUAGAGACGCUGCAGCAGCGGCAGCGGCAGCAGCCGUUGAUCGGGAGUGGGGAGCGGAUUGGCAGCUCAGGGAGGCAGGAGGCGGAGGGGAGAGAGGAGGGGAGGAGCUGUGGAUUGAAGAGAAGAAAGAGACGGAGCAGGAGUGGCAGCAGCAGCAGCAGCGGCAGCAGCACGAGGAGGAGGAGGAGUCUAGAGGUGGUGGCGAAAGAGAAGGGGAAGGACGGAGAGGCGCAGAGGUUGAGGAGAAAGGGGGGAAGGAGCAGGUUGAAGAAACAGACGAGGAAGACGGGGAAGAAGGGGAGGAGGAGGAGGAAGAUGAGGAAGAGGAGGAGGAAGAGAGUGAGGAAGAUGACGAGGGGAAAGAUGAUGAGGAAUGGAGCGCAAAGGAGCUGGAGGAGGAGGAGGAGGAGGAGGAGGAUGAUGAAGACGACGAGGAGGUGGAAGAAGAGGAGGAGGGAGGGGAAGGGGGGGAGGAAGAGGAGGAAGACGAGGAGGAUGUUGAGGGUGGGGAGGAGAAAGAGGAAGAAGAGGAGGAGGAAGAGGAGGGACGGGAGAAGGAGGUGGAGGAGGAGGAAGCGGAUGACGAAGAGGAGGAGGAUGAAGAAGGGGAGGAGGUGAGGGGCGAGGGGGAAGGGGAGGAGCAGGAGGAGGAGGAUGAAGUGUCAGAGGAGGGUGGAGGGCAGGAGGGAGAAGAGGGGAGUGAGGGCGAGGAAGAGGGGGGCGAGGGGGAAGGCGCAGGUGGCAGGGAAGGGGAGUUUGGGGGACAGGGCGAGGGGGAGGGCGCAGAGGCACAGGGCAUGGAGGGCGCAUGGAUGAGAGGCAUGGGAAUGAGGGACAUGGGCGAGGAGGCUGGUGGCAUGGGUGGUGAUGGGGGCAUGCGGCAUGGUGGUAUGGAUGAUGGUGCGGGCAUGCAGGGCGAUGACAUGGACGAUGGGGGCAUUGAUGCG